AUGAGUGACCCUUUUGCCAAUCUCCUUACCAAAUUCAAGGGCAAAGAAAAGCCUGCUGAUGCGCAAACAUCCAAGAACAGGUCACUGAACGACCUCUUAGCGCAGCAUUCUGUGUCGUCGCUUUCCGAACCGCCCGCUACGCUGUACACUCCGAGGGAUACAAGACCUGCUGCUGGCCUGGUAGAUCUAGGAAGAGAAUCGCCCAAUCUUCCUGGGGAAACAAGCGGCAUAUAUCAAAGCGGAAGAGGCAACCCAAGUACUGAGGGAUACAAAAGCCAGUCUCUGAUUGACUUGGAAGAUGCUCAGCCGCACCCAGCAGCAUCAGUCAGCAGUUUUGAAGACAAGACCACUACUAUUGCAGACGAAGAACAGGAUUUUGAACUUGCGAAGCUAAUGUCGCUGGGGCUUGAUAUUGGGGCAGCUAACGACUACUACCACAGGGGAGGUAGAUAUGAGCAACUUCGUAUGCGCCGAGCAGAAUCAGAUGGGACCCGAAUGCACCGGGGCAGUAACCUUGGGAGAAAUAGCGACUUCUGUAGGAGUAGGGACUUCGGAAGGGGAAGCGAUUUGGGCAGAAGCGGUGACUUUGAGAGGGGCAGCGACCUUGGCAGAGCAGAAAGUUCAGAGACCCCUCAAUGGAGUUCCCUCCGAAGUGGCCAUAGUAACAGGCUCGUGUCUGCUGCAUCUAAUCUGUUUAAUAGAGGGAGGGAUUUUAUAGAGGACCAAUUGGCGACACACGCUCGUACCUCUGCUUCUUCCAGGUCUACUCUGAGUGACAGCAACGAGAGGUUCUCAAAUCACACGCAAGAAAGCGAUUACAGCGUGAACCAGACAAAUGACCAAGCACAUUUAAUCCAUACACAGCCCACGGCUGCUGAAGUGGAUUUACUCGAGGGAUUUGCUGAUACGGAAGUAGUGCAACAUCAAUCUACGUUGGAAGUGCCCCGAAUGCAGGCUGCUGGUGUGAAAUCAGAGGAAAGUCUCAUCGACUUUUCAUCUGAAGGCCCUUCUAAGUCAGCUGCACAAUUAAAUUAUGUUUCUAUCACUCCUCUGGAGCUUUCAGGGUACUAUGACUUUAAUAAGACGGCUGCUGAAAGUUAUAAGAAAGGAGACUACCACGCCGCCUUCCAGGAUUACCUCAAAUCGCUAAAUACACUUCCUUUGGCACACCCUCUUCGUAUUAUAGCCCUAUCGAAUAUCAUCACCACGCAGCUAAAAAUUGGGGAGCAUACUGAAUCUAUGAAGAAUAUAAAUUCAGCCGUAGAGCUACUGCAGGAUGUACCAUUUGAUGCGCAGAUUCAGGAUACUUCACCACCGCGGACUUAUAAAGAAUUCUGGCAGAAAAUUCUAGCGAAGAAGGCAGAAGUUCUUGAGUCUCAAGACAACUACGAAGCUGCACUCUCUGUGUACCAACAGCUCAUAUCCAGGGGAUAUACGCCCAAGUUGAUACUGAAUGGAAAGGCACGCUGCCAAAAGGCUUGCAAUAGCCAGAAAGGUAACGUAUCUAGUAAUCCAACCGCAACGACACAAGGGGAUAGGAAGAAUCCUCGGAAGCAGACGGCAACUGCGAAAGGAAAAACGGAAGAAGUCAAAAGGUUGAAGGCUCAAAACCAUGCAAUUGAAAAGCAAGAGAAUGAGCGAUUUGGCUUACAUGAUAAAGUAGAAUCCCGUAUUCGUACAUGGACUGCAGGGAAAAGCACGGAUCUGCGUCAUCUAUUGCUAGGAUUACCGGCUUUACUACCCUGGCUGAAUUCAGACCAGAUGAUCGCCAGUGAUUUGGUGAUGCCCAAGAGAGUUAAACUUUCGUAUCUGAAGGCUGUCAGCAAGACUCAUCCCGAUAAGCUACCACAAACAUUGGAACUAGAAGAGAAAAUGGUAGCAGAGCAUGUAUUCAUCACGCUAACUAAAGCGUGGGGGGUAUUUAAAGAAGAAAACAGUUUGAGCUAA